CCUACUAAUUCUUAGGACUCGUAGGAUGAAAAUGGAGACGAUGAUGGAAGAAGGAGAGGAGGAUUUUGUGAAUCAAGAGGAGACCGAUUGGAACUAUGAACUCGAUAUUACUCAACUGUGCCGUAUCUGUGCUAAUCCCAAUGAGUAUUUGAUCCCAAUCUUUCAUGGCGAAGGUCUGGAGCAUGAAUUAAAGAGCAAGAUCAGCAGGCACCUCCCUAUUAAGGUUGCUGAGAGUGAUAACCUUCCCACGAACUUGUGUUACCAGUGUGCUUCUACACUGAUCGCAUGGCAUGACAUGGUGGUUGGGUGUCUCGAAGCCGAUGAGAAACUCAGAGCCCUCCUUCCGGACAAUGGGAAAGAAGCAGAGGUGCGUAAAAGUUUAUGACGUAUUAUU